AUGAGUCAAGAAAUAAAUAAAGAACCAAUCAUCGGCGCCAUAAGAAUCUAUUUUGCGGAUGACUAUUUCUGGGCUCUAGAUGUCGAAGCCCUGUCAAAAUGGCUGGAAACACAGAGUCUGAUUAUCAGCCCAGAUGAUUUACAUGAAAUCCUACGACUAUAUACUGACGAAUUCGAGUUAAACGAGGAAGACGAUGGCACUGUCAUGGUUAAACGGAAGAAGAAAGAGACUGACGGAGGAACAUUACCUGAUCGUAUGGGAGAGGGCUAUAAAAUUCCUCAAGACGCGUCAACGAGACCUGCUAGAAGCGCUGAGAGUGGAUCACGUUAUGGUAUGAGUACAUUUGCUGUUGCCAUAGCCAGAAAAUACCUUGAAAGCACUUAUGCCGAGACAAUUUACGAAUUAGAGAAACAUCUUAAUUCACAGAAAUGCCUGACUGAUCAAACAAUUGGAGAAUUACUUCGCGAUAAUAGGAACAUAUUCGAGGUCUUCACCGACAGUGGUGUCACUUGUGUAAGGCUUGUGAGAAUGGCACAUAUGUUUACAAAAGAUACAAAAACAAUGGCAAAGAGUAGAAUCACUCAAACAGAAAGACUACUCGUUGACUAUUUGACAAAACAUGGCGGGUUACAAGGAGGCGUAGCAUUACCUGAGCUAAUAAUACAUCUUAGAAGUUUCCGCAAUGCUAUUGCAGACGAUAUAGAAGACUUUUUAAGAGGAUGCAAGUCUUCCUUCGAAUGUCUCGAAUCGGGAGGGAUAACAUACAUUAAAGUACUGCCAGGCUCUAAAGCUCAGACCAUCCAGCCACGUAUUCCAUAUAGCAGGCAAAGAUCUGGUAAAGAAUAUCUCCUCCGUGUUGUACGCGAAUGUCUUGUUAAGCAUGGUUUACUGACCGUUGCCGAACUGGAAAAAAUGCUGACACCUCACAUACCCAAUCCGCCUAUGAAAUUCUCUGAAGUAAUCGUUAGAUACAGAAGAGAAUUCAAGACAAUGCGAGUAGGAGAUGACAUAAUGGUUAGACUCAGUACGACUGAUGAGAACACCUUGAUGUACAUCAAGGUGUUCCUAAUGGAAAUGGGUCCUUCCAAGUUGUCUUCUUUAGCAGAUUAUUUGAAACGAGAAGGGUUUACACCAAGGGUUAGAAUGAAAGAGUUCCUAGCCGGACUUUCCGAAUUUAAGUUCCGAGACAUGCAAGGAAACCUAGGCGUUCAAUCAACAGAAAUUGAACUCGCAAGAAGGGCUAGAAAGUUUCUUCGUGAUAAAGGGACAGUAAGAGUUUCUGUUCUGCGUGACUAUCUUGGCAAGCACAGUCUCCCACCUAGGACAAAACUAACUGACUUCUUGGAGAAAUUCCCGGAAUUCACUUUCUCUCAAGCAGCUUCGGACGUAUUCGUCUCACAUCAGGUAUAUCCUCCGGAUAUAGUACCAGUUGAUUUCAUACGGAAAUAUCUUCUUGUAGAGAACAAACCAGCUGAAGUGUAUGCGUUGACGACUCAUUUGAAUUGGAAUGGAAAAUAUCCGGAAUAUAAAGUUAUAGAAAUCAUAAAAAAUCAUAAAGAGUUUACGCUAAGCAAAUUAUCAAAUCAGUGGGUGGUUCGUUUUGUUGACGGAUAUAAACGUCCAGUAGUCGAAAAGAUGGAACAAUCAACGUUUGAAAACUCUGAGAUGGGUAGUCCAAGUAACAGCCAGGGAGGCGGUAGUAACACCUCGAUGACUAUUCCCAACACUAACGGCGAUGAGUUAACAGACUUUGCAAGCAAUCGCAACGUAACUACUCCACGAAAAACAGAUUCAAUCGUAACUAAUCAACCUUUUCAUUCCCAAAUUCCUCCCUCAAGCUUGACGAAUUAUUCUUCUACUCAUUUUGAUUCAUAUGAGACGGCUAGUACGCGUUCCGCGGGAGGAACAAGCUACUCUCCACAUAUGUACCCAGCUAAGGUUCCAGGCGCACCUUCAUCGUCAGAUACUAAUAUUCGAUCAGCGGGAUCGAGCGGCACUAUUACGAGUCGAACAAUUCCAGAACACGUAAAAAGGGUUGAAAGCUUUGAAGAUACGGACAGUUCCAGUAUUGAACUUGACAAUGUAAAGAGAAGUGAGCACGAAGAUGCGGGGACAAAAGGGGAAAGAAAAGGGAAACAUAGAACGCAAGAUUCAGAUGACGUUGGUGUGGAGUCCUUCUCUCCUUAUACGAGAAAGGGUCCCCAACCGUUUACGUAUGCACAAUGUCAAUUCAAUCCUCACGCCCACACAUUUCCAACUUCUACACCUACUUCGCGGUCAUCAUCUUUCCAUUAUCGUGCCCCUCUUUUGUCCCAGGAAGUUCUACAGUCCCACCUUUCCUCAUUUUGUAAUUACACGCAAUUUUCUACGUACCCCGAACCUACAUAUUUGAACUAUUCUGUUCCGUGUAAUACCGUGUUAAUUGGAGAUAGGGGGUCGGGAAUGGAACAUACACUAUUAGUGGUAUUGGAGGGUUGUGUUAUGGGUAAACCAGAGAUUGUAAAACCAGAGAUUGUAAAACCAGAGACAAUAACUUGUCCACUGAUAUUAAGAUAUGAUUCGAGUGGACUGGAAUCUCCGUGUGUGAGUUCUUUUGUAGGGAACCGGUUUAAUGUUGGAAUUGAUGAGAAAGUAGGUGAGGAAGAGAAUGUAGGCAGUGAUGAGAAAGAGGAGAACGAAGAUGCUGAAAUUGUUGAGAAGAGAGAUAACAAGGAGAACGUGGAAAUGAAAAACGAUAACAAGGAGAACGAAGAUGCUGAAAUUGUUGAGAAGAGAGAUAACAAGGAAAACGUGGAAAUAAAGAAGGAUAACGAGGAACAUGAGGAAAUUAAAAACGAUAACGAGGAAAAUAAGAAAUGGAAAGAUAAUGAGGAUUAUGACAAUGAUGAGAAGAUCGAGGAAGAAACAAAGAAGAUCGAAGAAGCGAAGGAAGAUUAUGAGAAUGCAAAUGAAGAAAUGAAAAGCAACCAACAGGACGAGAAUGAUCAAGAAAUAAACGAAGCUACGGCCGUGAAGAAGAUUAUAUUUGUUACACCAUCAUCCUUGAAAAAAAUGAAGAAGGUAUAUCAAGACAUACCAAACUGUGAAGUGAGGCCAUUGAUUUUCCUGGAGGAAGAAUUGACCAAAGAUGAUGUCAAAGCAUGGAUGGAAGCUAAUCCUGAUACAGCGGUCGCCGUCGAGUGUAUGGAACUAGUGGAGGAGAUUCUUUAUGAGAGUGGAGACUCUGAAGCAUUUAGCUUCUCCGAAUUUGCCUUGCAAUUGGCGGCGAAGGAUUGUUCAACGCCUCGCGUCAAGCAAUGUAUUGGCAAUAGAAUUCGUCGCUUGAAAUCGUUCUUUGAGAAACCCAAUGACAGACAUGAUGCUUUCAGUGAAGCUUUUCAACCAGGGGAUAUCGUCAUUGUUGAUUUGAGCGAUUACAUCGUAAGAGCAGCAUUGGCAUCUGUAUUGUUUAGGAUUGUGGUUGGUAUCUACACACGAUUAAAUUUCAGCGAUGAUGAUACGAAUGUCGGGAAGAUGUUAGUGCUAGAAGAGGCAGAAAACUAUCUUACACCGACUUCACCUCUAACACCGAGAAUCCAGCAAAUCCAAUCUCGCAUACAUCACUACAAAACCAAUAUGCUAAUCUCCACAUCUAAUCCAACUUUACUACCUCCACUCAUCUUUCAACAGUCGCAUUUCUUUAUAUUUCAUUACUUCUCGUCUCCUUACUGGUCAGAAUUCCUUACGACUCAUCUGUCACUACUAGGAGGAAAUGCUGACCGGUUGUCGAGGAAUACGCAGAAGUUAUGGAGCCCGCGACAUGCUUUUGUACGUGGUUGGAUAGCGCAAGCAGGUAAAAGUGAGCAGGAUGGUAGGGAGGCUUGCAUUGAGACUAUUGUCGAGAUUAGAGAGUCUUACUCGGACAAUACAACUUAUAAAAGAUAA